AUAAAAAGAAAAGGAUCAAAGAGCAUUUCACUAUUUCUCGUUCUUCAUUUUUCCCUUUUCGGCUUUUAUUCUGCAGUUCCUUAACAUUCCAUAACCAAGUAAACACACACACACACACACUCCCUUAGAUCUUCCGACUUGAUCUGUUUUUUCACAUUUCUUCCUUCUCAACGCAUGGAAAAUCUAGUGUGCAUGUGAUCUGCUGCAGAUUGAAGAAGAAAUACAGAGAGAGGAGUAAAAGGUUUCUAUAUAAUAUAUGUUACAUGCAGCGUAGGGGUGAUCAGAAGAAAAGUGAAUCACAGACAAAUUAUAGGAGAAAUAGUAGUAGACUUAGUGGACGUUCAGGAUCAGCUCAGCCUCAGUACCAAAGGGUUACCUCUGGAAAAGGCGGUGGUAGCUCUGUUCUACCUCCUCCUUCUCCCGAUUCCUCUGUUUCCUCUUCUCCUACCACGCCAAGUUUCAAGAAGUCUGAUGGAGAAACUGGUUCACUGAAAGUGACCGAUGCUAUUGCUGAUCAGGAGUCUGUUGAUCUGCAAAAUGAUGCCCCAACCAGAAUCUCAGGAUCAGAUAAAUUUAUUGAGCCAACAGAUACAGUCAGACACGACGAAUACCAAAUGGUUUCUAGUGAUCUUUCUUCUCAACAUGCAUCUAUAAACUUGGAUCAAUCAGCUCCCAAGACCCCCAUGAAAGAUGACACUUCUAAGAAAGUAUCUCUUCAGUUUGGAAGCUUUACGCCAGGUUUUGUGAAUGGGAUGCAGAUUCCUCAAAGAACCAGCUCAGCACCGCCCAACAUGGAUGAGCAGAAGCGCCAUCAGGCACGAUCUAGUCCUUUCAGGCCACUGCAGCUUUUGUCUUCUUCUGCUUUACAUCAGCCACAGCUGAGGGAGGACAUUGGGAAGCCGACGAAUAAAACUCCUGAUCCUCAACAUUUUCCUGAAAGAGAUCUACCUGUUCAUGUUUCACCUGCUCAUCCUGUCAGUAACAUGCAGAAGUUAUCCUCUCUCCCUUUUCCUGGGGUUCCAGUCAAUCCUCCUUUUAUGCAGCCACAUGGUCCUGUGCAUUUCGGAGUGCCCGGAGCACAGGUUCAACAUCAAGGAAUGCCCUGUUCUUCGUUUCCGAUGCCAAUGCCACUACCAGUUGGAAAUCCCAACAUUAGGCAUCCCCCAUUUGUCCCUGGUCUUCAACCUCACCAUAUGCAGCUUCAGGGAGCUAUGCAUCAGGGUCAGAUGAUGAACUUCCCUCCUAAAUUUGGUCAUCAGCUAAGCUCUCAGUUUGGCAGCACGGGAUUUGGGAUUUCACCACAGUUUGGUCAGCAUGUUAGGAACGUUAAUCCUCGUCGAUCUGUUAAAAUUACUCAUCCUGACACUAAAGAAGAGUUGAGACUAGAUGAGAAGGUUGACAUGAGGUUGGAUGGUGGUUCAUCUGGCUUGGCAAUACAUCAUCUUGGGGGCUUACCAUCACAGCCUAUGCAUUAUGGUCCAUCUCGUCCUAUUAACUUUUUUCCACAUGUUCAGCCAAGUCCAAUUUUCUUACAAAAUCCUACUUCGGUUCCUAUAACAAACUCCCUUGUGGCUCCCUGUGCUCCAGCACUAGGAUAUAACUCUCCAGCUUCAGUUCAUGUGGCCGUUAACCAAGCUCCUGGUUCUGUUGGAAGAGAGAUUUUGACAUCUUCAUUUCCAAUUGCCAAGAAGACAACGGAAAAAGAAAAAGCACAGCAACCAGCUUUGAGAGCUAGCUCUAAUGAAGAGGAACCAAAGAUUCUCUCAGAAACCUCUGUCGAGGUGUCAGAAUCUGCCUCUAAGCCAACACCAUUUGCUUCACCCUCUGAUAAAUCACUUGUUUCUGUUGAUAGACCUCCUUCUAGUGGUGCUACAUAUGUAGAAAGCAAUAUUAACCAUGUUCGAGGAGUCAGUGAUAUUGAGACUGAGUUGAAGAACCCUCCCAAUAAAAGCCAAUUGCAUCCUCAACAACAGCGAGAGGCUGGAAACCCGACGUCCAUAUCAAAUCCUUCUCCACCAAAUUCAGUAGACCGUAUUUCAGAAUGUCAAAAUGCUGAAACUAUAGAAACCCAAGCAACUUCAACACUAUCAAAGACGCUUGGUGAUGCUUCCAUUUGUUCUGGAGCAUCACAACGUAAUGCAGAUGAAGCUUCAGAACAAUCUGGUGUGACAAUUGAUGAGGGGAAUGUGAUUGCUGGUAAGGGCAUUAGACAAGGACAACUUACAACUAAUCCAUUUGGACGGCCUUCUCUGGGCAUAAAAAAUGAGGAUACUUAUAGCUCCAUGACAGCGAAAGCAAGUGAACAAACUGAAAGAAACUCACAUUUAGCAACGGAAAAUGGUAGGAAUGCAUCAGAUCAAUUAUCGAGUGCGGGUGGCUGUGAAACUAACAAUGUGGUUUAUAAGUUGUCACAUUCUGCUGCCUUAUCAGGUCGCAAUAUUUCUGAUGUUAUGGUGCCUGGGUGUGGUUCACCGAAAUAUUUAACUGAAGAUAAUGAAUUAGGAUCGAUAUCUCCUGAAACUAGACCUGCUGCUAAAACAAAUAAUAAAGAUGUUUUGCUUUCUGGAUCUGGAGCAAAGCAUCAUGAGGAUUCUCAUAUUCCCACUUCACCAUCAUCUCCGUCAUAUACCAAAACAAGGGGAAAAGUCUCUGAGGAAACCAAAACAGAAUAUCGUCGCGUUCAAGGAUCAGGUUCAAAGGAUAAACCUUCAAAUAAGGUGAAAAGUACAACCUCCAGGGGAAAGAAAAAGAGGAGAGAAAUUCUUCAGAAAGCUGAUGCGGCUGGGGACACGUUAGAUCUUUAUAUGGCAUUUAAGGGACCCAAGGAGAAACAACAGUCUUCUGUUUCUUCAGAAAGUGUUGAGAGUUGCACCAGUCUCACUGCAAGGAAGAUAUCAUCGAGUUCCAACGAAGAAGAUUUUUCCGCAAAUGAAGAUAAAAAGAGUACAGGUGAACCUAACAACUGGGAAGAUGCUGCUAUGUCAACUCCAAAGCUGGAAAAUUCCGGUAACAACAAAAUUGUUAAUGAUAUGCUUAGGCAUCCAAAUGGUGGAAGUGCCACUACAGGCAAAAUGAGAUACUCAAGAGAUUUCCUUCUUACCCUUUCUUCUCAUUUUGCUGAUCUUCCUGCUAAUUUUGAAGUUCCAUGGCAUAUGGUGGAGGCCCUUUUGAGUCCUAACGCCAGCAUUUCAAAAGGGGUAGAUUUUAACAAGAAUGACCCGAAUUCCUGUCCUGGUCAAACCAAUACUAGAAGACAAGGUAGCUCUUCUUGGACUGAAUCCUGUCCUGGUCAAACCAAUACUAGCAGACAAGGUAGCUCUUCUUGGACUGAGCACCGUCCUACUGGAAUGGCGGAUGAUAGUAGGUGGGUCAAUGAGCAAUAUAUUGAUAUCAACCAAGGGGGCAGUGCUAAUGGUCCUCGUUCAGGUCGAGGAAACCACAAGAAUAUGAGGAAUCUACAAGGACAGCCACCUAGCCAAUAUGUAUCUGUGUUUCCUGCUGGUGCAAUGCUGCCAUUGGCCUCUCAUGGAGGAGUACAACAUAUUCGGUCCGAUGCCAACCGUUGGCAGCGGGUUUCUGGCUCCCGAAAAGGAUUAAUGCCUUCUCCUCACUCUCCACUGCAAGUUAUGCACAAAGCUGACAAGAAAUAUGAGAUACGUAAAGUGACUGAUGAGGAAGAGGCAAAACGACGACAGUUGAAAGCUAUCCUCAACAAGCUAACUCCACAAAAUUUUGAGAAGCUGUUUGAGCAAGUAAAGGAAGUAAAUAUUGACAGUGCUAACACUCUUGCUGGUGUGAUUUCACAGAUAUUUGACAAAGCUCUAAUGGAGCCAACAUUUUGUGAGAUGUACGCAAAUUUCUGUUCUCAUCUAGCUGGGGAACUUCCUGAUUUUGUGGAGGACGAUCAGAAAAUAACCUUUAAGAGACUGCUCCUUGAUAAAUGCCAGGAGGAGUUCGAGAGAGGUGAAAGAGAAGAGGCGGAAGCCGACAGUAUGGAAGAGGACGGAGAGAUGAAGAUGUCAGAGGGGAAGAGAGAGGAGAAGAGGUUACAAGCGCGAAGAAGGAUGUUAGGGAACAUAAGAUUGAUUGGAGAAUUAUACAAGAAGAAGAUGCUUACAGAGAGGAUAAUGCAUGAGUGCAUCCAGAAAUUGCUGGGGCAGUACCAGACUCCAGAUGAAGAAGAUAUUGAGGCUCUCUGCAAACUUAUGAGCACUAUAGGAGAUAUGAUCGACCACUCCAAGGCGAAGGAUUACAUGGAUGCCUAUUUUGACAUGAUGACGACAAUGGCUAAUAAUACAGAUUUGUCUUCUAGGGUGAGGUUUAUGUUGAUGGAUAUUAUUGAUUUGAGAAAAAAUAAGUGGCAGCAAAGAAGAAAAGUAGAAGGCCCCAAAAAGAUAGAGGAAGUGCGAAGGGAUGCUGUUCAAGAACGUCGAGCUCAGGUCACCCGGUCCACUCGUGGUCCAAGCACUGUUUCUUCUUCUAGAAGAGGGCAGCCCGCAGAUUUAGGUCCUCGGCCAUCCAUGUUUUCUCCUCCAGCUCCUCAAAUGACUCCAUUUCGUGGAAUGACAUCACAAAAUCGCGGAUUUGGAAACCAGGAUUUCAGGUCAGAAUCUAGACAUCCACAUGAGAGUAGGACAUCAUCUGCUGCCUUGCCACAGCGACCUGUUGAUGAUAAAACAAUGAGCCUUGGUCCGCGGGGAAGCCCCGGAAGGGCAACGUCUUUCAGGGGCCCACCAAUGCAUUCUGGUGGUCCUGUGGCAGAUGUACAUGCUGGUUUUGGAGAAUCCAGAAGACCGGCUGCUGGUUCAGGUGGGCGGAAUCCAACAUCCGGGUGGUCACCAUACAACUCAAGACAAGAAUCGACAUCCAAAUAUGCUCCCGGGACAGCUGUGAAGCCUAUUGCUUAUGCUCAACCAAAUCAACGUGAGCACGAACAUUAUGCAGAAAGAGAAGUAACAAAUAUAAAUCCUUCAGGGAGAUCUGCGGAACCACCAGCGGCAGCCCAUCCGCAUAGACCGUCUGCUGUGUCAAAUUCACCAGGAAUGAUAUGGUCUGAAGAACGUCUUAGAGAAAUGUCGAUUGGAGCUAUUCGAGAAUUUUACAGUGCAGUUGAUGAGGAUGAAGUUGUUCUACGCAUUAGAGAGUUGAACUCAUCAAGCUUUCUUCCAAUGAUGUUAUCGAUAUGGGUAAAUGACUCAUUUCAGAGGAAAGAAAGGGAUAGAGAUCUUCUUGCUCGGCUUCUUAUCAGUCUUACGAAGUCCAAGGUGGUACCAGAUAUCAGUCAGCUCAUUGAAGGGUUUGAAUCAGUUUUGGCUACUUUGGAGGAUGAAGUUACUGAUGCUCCAAAAGCACCUACAUUUCUUGGUCACAUUUUUGGUAGAUUAAUUAGUGAAAAUGUGAUAUCUCUGAAAGAAGCAGGACAUCUUAUACGACAUGCUGGUGAGGAGCCUGGUCAUCUUCUGCAAACUGGAUUGGGAUAUGAAGUUCUCGAAAGUACAUUUAACCGUAUAAGAUCAGAGAAGGGAGAAUCAGCCUUGAGAGAUAUCUGCAGUGCCUCCAGCACUCAGUUGGAAGAUUUUAGACCGCCUGAGCUGUCAUAAGGUGGCAACAAUAACCUUUUGUUUUCGACGUGGUUAACAUUAUUUUACCUAAGAACAAAUGCAGCAGGACAACUGAAUAUGCAGAAUUUUUGGUGUAAUGCUUAGACGUGUACAAGAUGGUAAAAUUUGUGAGAUCAACUAUUGUGAAGCAUAUACCAAUUCAACUUACUGGGCU